AUGGACAACUUAUGUCCAAUACCCAACUAUGAACAUAUUCUGGUGGUGGUUAAUGUUGCGGGAUGGUUUGCAAAGGAUCCCAAUGUGCUUCGUCGUGUUGCCCAUGUGCUGUUGCAGGUUCCAUAUGCCGCUCAACGCAACCCAAGGAAUAUUGUGAUAGCAGAUGACUGUUUCCAGUCUUCAAAAUUUCCGUCAGGCCACAUCACUCAGGUGGUGAUAAAAUCCAUCGAGAAACUUUAUGGAAGACAAGUCGUGAGGCAUGAGAAUCUUAGUGAUUAUUUGAAGUUGAAGAUUCCAAGCUUAAGUAAUAUCAAUAUGGAUCAACUAAAAGGUGAGGGCAAAUAUUCUCCAGUUGUAUUGCUGGGAAGUGUCAUGCAGCAGCUUAAAAGGCAUGAAUUUAGAGAAAUUCAUAAUGACUGGAUCAACUCUGUAAAGCCUACUUUGGAUCCUGUUAUCUCAGCACAAGUAUCUGAAGAUUUAGAUUUGACUGAUGCAGACAGAGAAAAAUAUCACACCAUCAGGAGUGAAUUGCGUUCAGCUAUAAAUGCCCUUUUAAAAGAUGAUGGAAUAUUAGUGAUUCCUACAUCUUUUGAUCCUCCUGCAAAACUUGGAGCCAAGGAGAUUUAUACGGAGGAAUACGUUAUUCGGACUUCAAGUCUUUCAAGUUUAGCUAGUAUGUCAGGCUGCUGUCAGGUUGCGCUACCUCUCGGAGUCCAUGAAAAGUGCCCAGUUUCUCUGUCACUCCUAGCCAGGCAUGGGGAUGAUAGAUUUCUGCUGGACGCGCUGCACUCUAUAUAUGCUUCUUUCCAGGAACUGGCUGAUACAGCUGUAAAGCCUAAAUCAUCUAGUAACGCUGUGACACUCGAAACAUCAGCAGAGAUGGCCAAAGAAAAGGUAAAUCCUGAAUGA